GCUGGACAUGCCGGACAACCUGGCGUGGAUAACGUAUAUACGUUGGGGUGAGGAAUACAACUCCGAUAUACUACGUUUGAGUGUACUCGGAAACAACCUCAUCAUCGUGAACUCGCUAGAAGCGGCGAGCGACCUGCUGGACAAGAGGUCUGCGAUAUACUCAGACAGACCUGAAAUGCCCAUGUUGAACGAUCUAUGCGGAUUCGGCUGGAACCUCGCCUUCCGGCCGUGCGACAACACUUGGCGGAACGGGCGAAGAGUGUUCCAGCACGAGCUCGGUCCACAGGUCGUGAAGCGCUUCCGCGGCCUCACGGAGCAGGCAGCCCACAGGUUUCUGUGCAGCCUACUGCGUGAGCCUACAGCGUACAUGGAUCACCUACGCCAUAUGGCGAGCCAUGGGGUUAUGCGGAUCGCAUAUGGAAUCGAGGUCGCGGAGAAAAAUGACCCAUAUAUUGAUACUGCAGCGCGCGUUGCCGAAGGGAUCGUGGCUGUAUGCCGCCCUGGUGCAUAUUUAGUCGAUAUCAUGCCCUUCUUGAAGCAUGUUCCCGAAUGGUUCCCCGGAGCGCAAUUCCAGCGCGACGCAAAGGCCUGGCGCAAGCACAUGACAGACCAGCACGAAAAGCCGUUCAAGGCCGUAAAAGAGCGUAUGAUCAGCGGCGACGCACCGGACUGUGCGGCAAAAUCUUUGCUGGAGAGCCUCGAAUGUGGUGAUAACACGGGGAGCUAUACUGAGGAUGACAUUGAAUUCGCGCUGGGCUCGAUGUAUGCAGGAGCCUCUGAUACGAUCGUGUCGACGCUAGGAUCAUUCAUCCUUGGGAUCGUCUUAAACCCUGCGAUUCAGACCAAGGCCCAAGAGGCGAUCGACAGAGUGUGUCCUGAUCGCUUGCCGACAUUGGCUGAUCAGGACAACUUGCCCUACAUCGACGCUAUCGUGAACGAGUCACUGAGAUGUAAUCCAGUGAUACCGAUAGACAUCCCGCAUCGCUCUACUGCUGAUGACAUUUAUCGGGGAUAUUACAUACCAAAGGGUUCUCUUGUGCUAGCCAACGCGUGGGCCAUCCUGCACGACGAGAAGGCAUACCCGGACCCCUUGCGCUUCAACCCGGACAGGUUUAUGAAGGACGGCAGGCUGGAUCCCGCCGUGCGCCCGCCUGACGCGGCGUUCGGCUUUGGGCGCAGGAUCUGCCCGGGACAGCACAUGGCGCACGAGAUCAUGUGGAUCGCGGUUGCGUGCACGCUCGCGGCCUUCAACAUCUCCAAGGCAAGGGACGAGCACGGAAGGGAAAUUCCGCCUAGCGGAGAGUAUGAUGUCGGGUUCGCUUGUUAUCCGAAGCCGUUCGUGUGUGAUAUCCACCCUCGCUCGCGGGAACAUGAGGCUCACGUUCGGGCGACGAUGGACGAGUUGUGAGUGGUUUGAGGAGUACAGUGCUGGUGAACGGUCUUGUAUUCGAAUGCUCCCCUGGAGCGUACAAACACUUGAAGCCUAAGUUACUUCAAGAUGCUCAGAGUCUUGAUGUGACGAUUUAUUUAACUUCUG